GUCAACCAUGAGCAAGAUAUGACAUUCCCCUUCUCAUGACAGUCGCCAUGAAACGGACUGCCCCUAUUGCCGUUGUCAGACCUCCUGAAAAAUGGCUUACCUUGCCGAGUUAGGGGCCUUGACCGAUGAGCUCGUCACUAUCAUCACGACCACCUCGCCUACAUCUCAGCCGCGACUGUUCAGAUCCUAUCGUGAGAGUGCCUUGCGUGGGAUCCGAAACCGCGAAUAUCUCCAGACAAAUCAAUUUGCCGUCGAGGAGCAGCUCCGUGGCCUCGUCGAAAGGUUUUCAGUCGUUGGCCGAGAUGGUCUGGCAGAGGCGUUGAGACAGAGGCUCGACUUGCUGUCCAGGCAGAAACAAUCGACAAAAUGGACGCCUGAGGUAUUGCAUCUCCUGCUGGAGCUCUCCGACCAGCCUGUCAAGAAGUCCAAUCUCGACACCCUCGUGCGAUUACGUGAGGCGAAUCAGGACCCGGGAUUGGAUCUCAAAUGGGAGCACAUUGCCAGAGAGGACGGUUGGGCUCAAGAUCGUGACCUGUGGAAGAAUGUCGACUUCGCAGACAGCUCAGAAGAUGAGGCGAUGCCAGACUCUCAGUCACCUGUCGCAGGCUCAGAUGAUACGUCCAUGUCAAGCGCCACGGCUCUGAUCCUGCGAGAAGUCUUGUUUCUGUUGAACGGCUUGCCGACCAGCCUGUUCGGGCCUGAUUGCACACCAGUUUCCAGGUAUCAGCUUUCAGAUGUGUCAUGGGAUACAUACCGAGCUCUCGUCAACUCCUUUGCUGAGUAUGGGCGAACGCUGCUGCCUCUCCGCAAAUUCUCCGAGACUACACAAGACGUGCCGCUGGUGCAGGCCUUCCAGGACUCGGUGUGCCAGUGCCUCAGGGCCUUCGAUAAGCAGAUCGCAUCGGUCCAAGGGCGCUAUGUCGAGAUCAAGGAGGACACGGUCGUGAGCUUGAUAGCUCUGCAGCAGGAGCUCAAACCAUAUCUCGUCCCUCUGGCCGGCCUGUCGAAUGUUGUUCGCCAGCUCCAGGAAGAGCGGUACGCUCACUCUUUCCGCUUUUUGGAGCUGCUGUAUGAUGCGACCUGCAUAGCUCAGCUGAGCGGUGAUGACCGGUCCUACCAUUACCUCGGCGAGAUCUUCUUCGACUGCUUCAGAGUCUACAUCAGACCCAUACGGCAAUGGAUGGAAGGAGGGGAACUCACACCAGGAGACAAGACUUUUUUCGUUGCUGAGGCCUCGGCUUCGGUACCACCGAGUCAGAUAUGGAGUGACAAGUUCAACCUUCGCAGGUCCCAGGAAGGCCAGCUACAUGCGCCUAGGUUUCUACAUCCCGCGGUCCAGAAGAUUUUCAACACUGGCAAGAGCGUCGUUGUACUCAAGCAUCUCGGACGCUUUCAGCUUCUCGCCAGUGACAACGAAUUUCGCUUACCAGACCCGCCACUAGACUUCGCAUCGGCCUGCGGCUCUCCAGAUCUCGCGCUCGCGCCAUUCUCAGAGCUCUUCGAUGCUGCCUUUGACCGCUGGGUGCAGAGCAAGCACCUCUCAACAUCCUCAAAUCUGUCAGCCAUACUUUUCGAGUCCUGCGGUCUUUGGGAUAGCCUCGACACUCUGCAACACAUCUACUUUAUGUCCGACGGCUCGCUGGUCGACACCUUUACGUCUUCCGUAUUCGCAAGUCUGGACGCUCUGAGUACUACGUGGACAGACCGGUUCACGCUAACCGAGCUUGCCCAAGAAGCAUGGUCGCCGUGCCCAGUCCUUGAGAGCUAUCGCCUCUCAGCCUCAUUUGACCCAGAACACAUCUUCCGCGGUCAUCCCGACCAGGCUCGGAGUAGUGUUCGGAACAGUCUGCCCGGUAUACGCCUCUCCUACAAGCUCGCCUGGCCCGUGCGGCUUGUCAUCACGAGAGAAGCCAUCACGAAGUACGAACUCAUCUUCACCCUCCUCCUCCAACUCCGGCGUGCAGCCACGAUUGUCACCGCCUCAUCUGCCCUCCUCAAGGCACAGGCCGACAUACAGGCAGACGACCACCAACAAGCCUACUACGCCCUCCGCGCCCGCCUCCUCUGGUUCGCAACGACCCUCCACUCUUACCUCACCACAAUUGUCCUGGUACCCGAAACCAGCAAGAUGCGCACCAGCCUGCAGGACGCAGAGGACAUCGACGCCAUGAUCGAGAUCCACGCCCUGUUCGCGAGGCGCGUCGUGGAGGAGGCGUGUCUGGGCGCAAAGCUGGCGCCGAUCAGGGACUGCGUGCUGGACGUGCUCGAUUUGGCCAUCAGGCUGGAGGACGGGCGCCGUGCGCACGAACACGACAACCGCACCAGCAUGAGCAGCAGCAGCGACAGUACGGCACACCUCGGCGGUCCGUCGCAGCCCCCGCCAAGCGCGUUGCGGGGCGUGUACGUCAGCCCGAGGGAAAAGGAGCGGGAGGAGGACGAGACAAUUCUGUUUGGGAAAGACGGCGACGAGAACGAUGAUGAUGAUGACUAUUUCACAGGUGGCCAGAACGGCGACGGGACAUCUGUGAUGCAGCGAGGGCGGCGGCAGCAGCAUCAUCAACAACAACAUUAUCACCACCAGACGUACGCUGAGAUCCUGGCGGGUAUCAGAGCGGAUUUUGACAGGCACCUGCGGUUCAUCACGGGCGGUCUGCGCGGUGUGGCGCGCGCAUCGACGGAUACUGCGGCUGCGAAGUGGGAUCUGCUGGCGGAGAUGCUUGAGAUGGGAUUCAGAGGAGGGACGAGAUAG